AGUAGUCCGGCUGUCCAGAGUUGCUGCGGCCAUGGAAGAAGGAAAUGUGGACUCCAGCCAUUCUCAAGAGGCGCAAAGCCAGUCUCAUUCAACGUACCUAUCAAAUCCAUUGAUGGGCGAUUUGGCUUCUGACUGGUCUCCUUUACAUGAUGCUUCCAUCCAUGGGUGUUUGCUCACUCUAAAGAAACUCAUCAAUCAGGGGAUCAGCGUGAACCUUCUGACCGCUGAUCAUGUGUCGCCUCUUCAUGAAGCCUGUUUAGGGGGACAUUCUGCUUGCGCCAGUGUCCUAUUAAAACAUGGGGCCCAUGUAAAUGGAGCUACUAUAGACUGGAACACGCCUUUAUUCAAUGCUUGUGUCAGUGGCAGCAAAGAGUGCUUGAACUUGUUACUACAACAUGGAGCCAGCCCGCAUGCAGUGUGUGAUUUGGCAUCACCUAUCCAUGAAGCUGCUAAGAGAGGCCAUAUCAAAUGUGUGGAGUCCCUUGUGUCCCAUGGAGUCAAUAUAGAUCACAAUAUCAAGCAUCUCGGUACCCCACUGUAUGUCGCUUGUGAGCACCAGCAAGUGGAUUGUGCCAAAAAAUUGCUUGAGUCAGGAGCAAGUGCAAAUGACGGGAAAGGUCUGGAGUCCCCUCUUCACGCAGCUGCUCAAAAUGCCAGCGCUGAGCUGGUGCAUUUGCUCAUUGACUUUGGAGCGGACCCGAGUGCUUUGAAUGGCCAAGGCAAAAAGCCAGCAGAGCUGGUUCCACCAAACAGUACCGUAGCACAGAUAUUUCUGCAGAGAGAAGGGCCCUUGUCCUUGAUGUUGUUGUGUCGCUUGUGCAUAAGGAGGUGCGUGGGAUCCAAACAGCAACACGGAAUAAGCCAGCUUCUGUUGCCAGAUGAGCUGAAGCGGUUUCUCUUGUAUCUUUAACCCUUUUAUAUUGUCUAUUGUAUUAUUAAAGCUUUGUUUCU